UCAUAUUGAUGAAGUUACACACAUGAUAGGUCCGAUUCCAUUUGUCUUCAGCACAAUAAAUGUGUUAGGUGUGCGUCAGUUUACGUAAACAAAGUAAGCCCUUGGCUAAAUUAGGCUAAAUGACACGUUAGCUUAACCGGUGUAGCUAGCUAAAUAUUAGCGAUUUCGAGCAGUUUACUACUUUCCACGAAGAAAAGAUCGCAGAACGCAAAAUUGUUGUGUUUAAUGUGUUGCGGCAAGUGGUGCCUGUUUUAAUUCUCAAUUCAAUAAGAGUCAUACGAAGCCAGUUUUUAGCUUAGCAUCCCAGUGAAGAGUGGCUAUUAACGGUCGUAUGUGCUCAUUUAGCUUUGGCUAGUUGGCUAUGCUAGCAUUGUUUGGGAACAGCUCGGACUGCUGUAGUCAUUUGCUUUCUUGCCAUUGUUUAUUAUUUGUGACUAUAGUAAAGUUUGCAUCGUGGGAUAAUGGCACCUCGCGUACAACUGGAGAAAGCGGCUUGGCGUUGGGUGGAAUCGGUAAAACCAGAAGAAAUCAAGCAAGAACACAUAGAGCUAGCAUACCGCAUCAACCUCCCGGCCUGCAAGAGAGGAGCCUGCAGGAGGAAUUGCAGAGGGAAUCCAACUGUCUUGUUGAAUUGGUGAACAGGCAUGGCUUGGGAGAUAGAUGAAAACGUUUUCCAUAAUAUUGAUGAUCCAAAUUCAGAACGCGGACAAGGUAACACCUUUGUUGGUCUGACCAACCUUGGAGCAACAUGCUACGUCAACACAUUCCUGCAAGUAUGGUUCCAUAACUUGGAGCUUCGAAGAAGCCUUUACCAGUUCCACAAUUCCCGAGCAGAGGAACACAACAUUCAAUCUGACUAUGAGCCCCAGUCCAUCUGUGAACAUCUGCAGUACCUUUUUGCUCUUCUUCAGAAUAGCAAUAGAAAGUACAUCGAUCCUUCAGGACUGGUCAAAGCCCUAGGUCUGGACACAGGACAACAGCAGGAUGCCCAGGAGUUUUCUAAGCUUUUCCUGUCUCUGUUGGAGGAUACUCUGUCCAAACAGAAGAAUCCCAGCCUGCAAAAUGUCAUCCAGCAGCAGUUCUGUGGCCAGUUUUCCUACGUUACAGAGUAAGGCCAGCUUCAUUGAGAUCUUACUUAAAAAGCCCUUUUUAUAAGACACCCCAUGCUGGCAAAUCAGCAUAAUACUGCCACCACGGUGUGUCUUGUGAAUGUGUUGUGGUGUUGGUGCUGCAUUUGUACCGCCACACUUGGUAGUGAUAUUGCCACAACGCCGGACAACGCAUAUCACACCUUGGCGCAACUGAGGGAAGUGUCAUGAUCACGUGGGGAGUUACUGCCAAGCUCCGGUCGGCAACUACAUUGGGGCAAAAAAGUAUUUAGUCAGCCACCGAUUGUGCAAGUUCUUCCACUUAAAAUGAUGACAGAGGUCAGUAAUUUACAACAUAGGUACACUUCAACUGUGAG